AUGGCGAUGCUGGCGGAGCCCCGUAGAAGGCAGAAGUGGUCAGUGGAUCCACGAAAUAGCGCUUGGAGUAAAGAUGAAUCCAAAUUUGGCCAGAAGAUGCUGGAAAAGAUGGGCUGGUCCAAAGGAAAGGGUCUUGGGGCUCAGGAACAAGGAAAUACAGAACAUAUCAAGGUUCAGGUGAAAAACAACACGCUGGGGUUAGGAGCAACCAUCAAUUAUGAGGACAACUGGAUUGCUCAUCAGGAUGACUUCAACCAGCUUCUGGCUGAACUGAAUGAUUGCCAUGGACAGGGUGAAACAGACUCCUCAGUGAAUAAUCAGAAGAAGACAUUCAGUCUUGAAGAAAAAUCCAAAUCUUCCAGGAAACGUGUCCAUUAUAUGAAGUUUGCAAAAGGUAAGGACCUCUCUUCGCGCAGUGAAGAUGACCUGUCCUGCAUAUUUGGGAAGCGACAGAAGAGUACGAAGACACAGGAGGAUAUUACCAAUCCCAAGUCUCAGGAAGAGAAGAGAAACCACUGGCUGGCUGAGCCUGCAGACGGUUACAAUACAGUGAAGAGCGUUCUCACCGUACAGGAAUAUUUCGCCAAGCGCAUGGCGAAACUGAAGGGAUGCCAGAAUGAAAGAACAACAAAGGUAGACAAUUCCUGCCCAACAGCUGACGAAGCUUUGGAGCCUUCAGAAGAACUGAAAACCAAAGUCAAAAAGAAAAAGAAGAAGCAGAAGAGAGAUGAGGCAGAGAGUGCAGAGCAUUGCGAGAAACCAAAAGUGAAACAAUCUAAGAUAGGUAGCUUGAAUGGAAAGGAACUGGAUGCUCUGUUAAAUGAGGGUCACUCAGGGAAAAAGAAAAAGAAACAUAAAGAGCAGCACAAAGGGGAAAGCAUUAGUUGUGAUGAAAAUAUGGGCAGUGGAGAAAUCUAUACGGGAAUAUCUGAUGAGGAAGAUCUCAGCGUAAAGGACUAUGAGGCAAAGCAAAAGAAACGCCAUAAGAAGAAACACAAAAGGCAAAAAGAGGAGGCAGAUGAGUGUAUUGAAGGAGCACAGAGAAAAAAAAAGAAGCACUGCAAGCACAUUUAACCAUUUAAGAGUCAAGCUGGGACUCUGAGGUGAUUCGAACUUUAGCGUGUUAGAGGAGAAGUCUGUGUGAACACACCAGCCAGACUUCACAUCGUAAUCCAGUCUUGAGCACACUGCUCUACCUCCACCUGAAACCCCAGACUGUUGAAAUAUAGCUCUUUCAAGGGAGAACGUGGUGGCAGGCCAACAUGAGCUUCAGUGCCAUGUUAAAAAGGUCUCCAUGUGUAGGGCCAAGGCUUGCAUGUCUGCAAAACAAGACUUGAUAAAAACCAGUGAGGCUUUGCCCCUUCCAGCGUGGCAGACGGUUCACCGUAGUGGCUUUGCAAGAGCUGUAUUUUAACACAGCAGACCCUGUGCUGCCUUCAGCCCAGAUUCACUCUGGUGCAACUCCAUUCAAGUCUGAUAACAGCAAGCAAAAUCAAGCCUGGUUUUAACCACUGCGGUUAAGACUGUGAAAGGUGGUGAAUUACUAUCUGCUGCUUCACCCGGACUGCGUUUUUCUCAGUCCAGGGACCAAAAAAAAGUCACCCUACUGCUGCCUUUAGUGCUGCCACUGUUGUUUUCACUUGUGAUAGCCCAGCUCAGCUUCUGAAAACAGGAGGGGUUUUGCAAAGCUGUAUGUAUUUUUCCAUUGAUUUUUGCAGUGUUGUCUAAUUUUUUCAUUGAUCUCCUUUUACAUAUAAAAUGAUUGUUGUUUCUUCGCAAAAUACUUAGUCUAAUUAAAGGUUUAUGCCUCAGUGUCAGUACUAAAGAAUGAAAUAAAAUAACCUCCCUUUGUUUCCUAGCCAGUAGUUAACUACUGUCAAGCAAUUGUAACUUUGCAACAAAGCUAAAGGAGCUGUGCCUUUAUUAACCAUAUCUAAAUCUUUGGUUCCCAGGCGACAUUCACGGUACCUUCAGUGGUGCAUCUGGCAUUCAAAAAGUUGUCUUGGGUGGAGCAAGGUUUUCUGUGAAAUUAGGAGACCGAACAGAUUUUAAAAGCGUAGCUAGUCAGAUGCAUUAGUAUCGCCAUUUAUACAUUGAAAACCUGUAGUUUAGAUUUAUAACCAAAUUAGAGCUUGUUUCUGUUUGUAAACCUGGAAAUAAGUAAUGCUGGAACUCAGCGCUACCACCAGCUGUUUUGUAUGAGAGCUUAAACGUUCGGGCUGGAUUUUGGCAUCUCAGUCUCACUCAACUAAGCGCUGUCAGAGGGGAUGGGUGAGCUUGGA